UUGACACGCAGAAUGGAUAAGAAAAGGACUAACGUACGCCAAUUUGCUCGUCUUGUUUCGUUCAUGGAGGAACAUCCAGAACUAGCUAGAGGUGGUAGAUUCUCAGAUUGCAGAGAAUCUGUUUCUUCUCUUUGGGCUACAAUUCAAGCUGCAUUAAAUAGCUUGGGUCCUCCGACACGUUCUGUUGCAGCUUGGCAGAAAGUUUGGAAUGAUAAAAAGCUUCAAAUAAAGAAGAAACUGCAGCAUAACCAAAACGAAGUGAGAGCUACCGGUGGUGGGCGCAAUACACAGUACUCUUUUAAUGAUGUAGAAGAAGCCAUCAUCCGUCUACUGUCUUUGCGAAGAACAGUGGACCACAAUGGUGCUAUUUUUGGAACACAAUCCUCCACAGGACUUCCAAAUCAAGAGCAUAAUCAGGAAUUAAAUGAUGGACCAUCGCCAGCUGGCGAGAUUGAAUUGUUAAGAACGUCGGCAGAUCUAACCAACAGAUCAACUCGAACAAGUGAAACUGAAAAUGAGCAUCGAUCAACGCGAAAUCGUGGCCGCGUUAAUCAGCGCAAUUACCGCAAAGCUCUGCUAGAAAAGCAGACCAAUGAUCUUAAAGAACUUAAAGAACAUGUAUCGGCAUGUGCCAGGUACUCUCGAAAAUCGUUUAUGGUCCAUGAGAAACGAUUCGGCUUAGAACAAAGGCGGUUUCAAUUAGAGGAAGAAAAAUUUCAAUUUGAAAAACAAAUACGAUUAGAAGAGCAAAAACGAUGGACUAAACAGUUACAACUCAAACGAAAAAUUCUCAACUACAAGAGGCGUAAACUAGAUUUCGAGAUGGGACGGACAACAAUUGAUGCAUUGGAAGAACACAAUGAACAAUUGGAAGCUCAACUAGAAGAUAGCUUCAAUGGGGAGAAUAAUUAAACGUCUUUGCUUUGAAGAUAUUUGAAUUUAAACGCAAUUUAAAUUGCUUUUUAUUUUUUUUAUCAUGUGAAAAGCGUGUUCGAAUAAUAUAUAUCGUUGUCUACAAAAUAUUGUUCCUAAUUUCUCGUCUUACUCCAUUUUAAUUUUCAUAUUCUUCAUUUUCUCCAUUAAUGGGUAAGUUUUCGUUUUCGUGAAUCAGCUCAGGGUCGUCGAAAUCCAUUUUAUGUUUUACACGGAGAUUGUAAGGUGCGACGUAGUAGUACAGUUGUUUUUCCUUUUGCACAACAAAAUGUGCCUUUAACCACACCUGUUGUUCAGUAACAUGCGUCUAAGUUCUUAAAGGAGUGAUCAGCAACAGCAUUAAAAGAUAACCGGCAUCACCUAAAAUAUUUGUUGGACAGAGCAGUUAUAAUAAGCAUCAAUACAGUUCCUUGUCAUUUACGAGAUAAAUUAUUCUCUGUUUUGUUCUACUGCAUUGAAUAUGUUUUUUUGAUACAUCAACAGUUUGCUAACUAUAUAGGCGCUUUCUAACUGGACUGAUUUUUAACUGGGAGUUCGUUAAGGGGAUUCUAAAGGUUUUUUUUAAUCAUUCCAUGUAAAACUGCAUUCAUAGCAGUGCAUCGUGGAUCCUCUUGAUAGCCCAAUUAAAAAGCAGCAUCCGUUAAUUAAACUGAUGUUCUAGCCCGCAGUUAGCAAAUGGCUGCUGUACUUACAAAUAGUUUUGUAAAUAAGAGUUACCGAUUAACCAGAAGUUUUUUUCCUCGUUUGCGUGAUUUUGAGUAUCUAUUCCACAUCGCUACCGUUCUACACAAAAGAAUCAUAUGAUGAACAUAUCGAAUCACCAGAUUAUGGUCACAAAUCUAUAAUGGUUGUAUACUGUCGUCAUACACAUAUUUGUCCCACGCUUGCUGGGAUUCUAUGUACAUGGGACAAUUAUGCGUAGAACGACAGUAUAGUAGCGUUAUAUAUUUAUUCAUUUGUAUGAAGCACAUACGCUUAAGCCUCCCUCCCCGUAAAACGUAACGUUAUUUGUGAACAGAUCCCUAGGCUCUACAACCUACCACAAUUACGUUGAAACUAUAUGGAAACCUUCUCUGUUGCAAAACAA